UGGUUCUUUUGUGCUGAGUAUGGCGCGUUUGUUCGCCCUUGGGCUGAUUGCAUCUUUCAUUCCAUUCCAUCCUCCUUCUUGACAACAGACCGCAGCCAAUGCAGAAUAUACCAGGACUCUCAUUCUUUGACGGGCUCACUCGAUCGCGCGCGCUGCAGAGCCGCACCUCAUCCAAUUCGGCAUCCUCACCUCCAGAGACACCUCUGCAGGACGCAACUCCUUUCAGAAACGGCAAGGGCGCAGACAUAGACACAGACACAGACACAGUAUCACACCCGCUUGGCAAGGACGGCGACAGAGUCCAGGAUGAAUCCUCAGACACGUUUGAUGACCCAUUAUCACUAGCUACCUCCAACAGCAACUCAUCGGCCUCCACACUCCCCGCAGCUUCGUUUUCCAGACGUGCAGCUACUAUCUCGUCCGGAUCUUCGUCACCCAUGCCCGGUUUGCCUGGCAGACGCGCCACCAGUUCCUCCACCAUGGGUCGGUCUUCCAUUCUGUCGCUAGACAACAUUUUUUCAGCCCCGAUUCUGAGCCGUCGAGCCAGCAGUAUUACAGAGAGUGCGACUGCCUCGGGACGCGCGCGAAGUGCGUCAACAGCAAGCAAAGAGAAUGAGGAACCAACAGCCAAGGACGUGUCAUUGAUGGCUCAAGGGACUCAGGCGUAUGCAAUGCUGAAACGGAUCCAGGAGCAUCCAAUUGAACUCGCGGAUAUCAUUCGACUUCUCGUUACCAAGAAGGCAAUCUUAAUUCUCCCAACAUGUCCUAUCUCGAAAGACGAAUCGGGUCCAACAAGGGCGACCUAUGAGGAUCAUGUCAUCAUUCCAGAGAGUACCCAGGGCGAAUCGCUCUUCGUCACACUCAGUGGAAUCCGUGGUGUAUUAAAGCCGGCAUCGUCUUCUGUCGCUAUUCUGGGCAUGGCGACAGGACAGGAUUUCGGGACAAUUGCAUCGGAUGCUUCUGGACUGACAAAACGCUCGUUUUUUGAUAAUGUCUCGAAAUCAGAAGGGCCAGAAGGGUCUGGAGCAGUUGAUGGCAGCAAGGAGUUGAAGUUGGUGAACUCGAGCAAGAGACCUGUCGUCAUUUUUGUCGAUUCUGUGGGGUCGAUACAUACGCUUUUGGUCGAUAGUGUCAUACCUAGUCCAGAAGGCGAUGCUGUGCCCACACCGAUCGUGCCCUUGGCAAUAGGAAUCGCAACAGUAAAAGACCGCUCUGCAGCGAUGCGGACUCCAAGCGCGGCAAGUUCCGUACGCUCGAUGAAUAUCUCAGACGACAAGGAUGGAACGCCCUUACCCAAGCUACCAAGGAUUGCCUCAGAUCUACCGCUUGAAUGGGAUAGCACGGUCAAGGAUCUGGAGAGGUACAUUUCGUAGCGAAACUCAGAAAGAGUCCUCUGCCCAACGGUGACCGGUACGCCAAUGACUUUCAGCGGAAGUAUGACGAUGUUCGCCACAGGUUCGAGGU